GAGCGAUAAGACGAUGACAUAAAUUCGCUGUAAUCAUAAUGCACAUUACACGGGUAUUCAGAGCGUAUUUUCCGGUAGUUCCUGCCCCGACUGUUCAAUCGCUGGAAGUUACAACAUACGAUGGGGUGUACCUCCUCAAAGUACGACGACGACUAUUUCCACGACAUCAACGAUGAAGAAGCCUGGGAGGACGACUUUGAUCAGGACGCAAAAGAGCAGUACACAGACGACCCUCAGAACUUGAACCUAAAGCACUACACGGUGGACUUCAGAACGUCAUCGGGGUCAAAUGACGUCAAGCCACGCCGUCCCGAAGUCCCCCCUGGUCAGAUGUGGACAGACAUGGACUUUACUCUCCCAAUAGCAAUAAAAGAAUACGAGAAGCUAAAACUGGAUUGGAAGAGACCGCAGGAAAUCGUUCGUAAUCCCGUUCUCUUUGCUGAUGGGACUUCAAGAUUCGACAUCAAACAACGGAGCUUUGGAACGUGUUGGUUCCUGUCCAUGAUGGCAAACCUUGGUGACAAGCCUGACCUCUGUAGGAAGGUGAUCAACGAGGAUUCGUACACUCCAAGAACUGACGGGAUCUGUCACUGUCGACUGUGGAGGUUCGGGGAGUGGGAGGACGUGUACAUGGACGACUACCUCCCCGUGUUUGCCGGCAGCAGGUGCUUGUACGGAGCACUAUCUGGGACGGACACCAACGAGAUGUGGGUCUCACUACUGGAGAAGGCACUGGCCAGGCUGCAUGGUUCGUACAACGUGGUGAGCGAUGAGGGUGGUUACCCUAGCGACGCCUACAUCACCCUGACAGGUGGCGUGGCAGAGAGAGUCAGCUUUAACUACGAUGAUCCUGACCCUACCGAGCUGUUCCGUCGUCUCAGGAACGCCCUUCGUACGGGCGCUUUGGUCACUUGUGCAGUUCCGUCCAAGUUCGAUGGCAAGGUGGGGCUGGUGGGAGGACAUGCCUAUUCCUUGACAGGAGCCUAUGUGGUGACCAGAAGUGACGGAGAGAAGGUUCCCUUAGUGAGGAUACGCAAUCCUCAUGGUACACACGAAUGGCAGGGGAAGUGGAGCGAUAGGAGCAGAGAGUGGGGGGAAUUGUCCGAGGGAAUCCAAAUACAAAGAAACAAAAACGACGGAGAGUUCUGGAUAAACUUGGAAGACUUUCUCCAUUAUUUUGACCAAACUACAAUUUGCUCGCUGACUCCAGAUUUUGACAUUGAUGGAAGAUCAGAUGGUCUCAAUCAUGUACUGAGGAUAUUCGGGGAGUGGCGAGGAGGAGUGGGCCAAGGGGGCACCUUAAGGGCUCGAGUCAGGAACCCCCGGUUUGCAUUUACAGUUCCAGAAGAAGGUUUAACAGAGGAUGGAUAUGUUCCUAUCGUUGUGCAGAUAAUACAGAAGGCUCACCACCUGGAUUAUGAAUCUAUACGCUGUGACUUAUACAAGGUGGUGAGGGGCAGUGAAAAGUCCAGGAUGCUCUACGUGGCCAGGAUGAGAGACACUGAAGCCAAGGAUUGUUAUUACCCCCGCCUGCAGUGCACGUUCCGAUACAGGUUGAAGCCAGGCCGGUACUUGGUUAUCCCCUCCACCUACCAGCGCGGCAUCACCAGGGAAUUCCUUCUCAGGGUCUUCUGCCCCUGUCCGGUGUACUAUUGCAGGAAUGUGCCCAGACGGAAACAAAUCAUGGUUGUAUCUAGGUACUGAAUCUAGCAUCAGGAGAGCAUUGGAUAUAAUACUACGGAUAAAGAGCACGAGGAAGAACAAUCUCAGGACCACUUGUAAAUGCUCCAUGAAGAGCUGAUUAAGACAAUUAAGACAUGUGUGAGGAUGAACAGCUGGGUGUUUGGUAAUUGGCUAUCCAGCAGAUACCAGGACCAUGUUUACAAGGGAUACAGAGAAUGAGAAAGAAAUGAAAUGGCACCACCGAGGACGACUGCUGGGGCAUGUAGAUGACACUGCGUUAGUUGAAGAACAAUGCAAGACUGUUUCAAUAUAAUUACCCAUUUAGCCACAGUACUACGGUAGUUUAAUGACAUCAUUUCUCCAUUGUAGAUUACCUUGCAUUUUUUGACAUACCAUGACCGUACAAGUAUUAUAUUCAUCAAACUGCCAGGAGCAAGGUCAUGGAGACCCUACUCACUAAUAUCUGAUACAAUAGAAUGUAUUUCUUUGAAGGACACAUGUCUCUUCAAGACGAAAGGCAAUAUUCAUACAAAUAGCAAUUAUCCAUUUCGUCAAUACUAUCAGUUGGGCCCAGCAUCGAUUCAGUCUGUUAAUACUUGAACGUGACUGUCUUCAUUUUGGGCAGUGGAUUGUAUGCACUCACAAUCUACUACUGUAUCUUACAACGUCCAGGUAUAGUGGUUACCUAAUGAACAGUUAUGACACGGAGGGUAAUAUGUGAUGUUACUUGAACGAAGGAGUUGAUUUAAUGGUGUGUUUUUCCUUGAACACCUGGUGUCAUCACUCAUUUUCAGUGAUCUGUCUCGGAUAAUCGAGUUUAAAGUCCAUUUUCUAAGAGCGAAUAUUCCAUGCUGAAAUUCGUACACACAGCAAAUAAUCAUGACUUGAACUGUCAUUAUCAUCACCACUUUUCAGUGAUCCAUUCAUAUAAGCUCAAUGGUAUACAUAAAAUUACAUUAGUCGAUAUGCGUAUAACGAACUACGGUUAUAACGAACUAAAAUUAUUGUCCCAUUCAGGUUGCUGUAUACGUAGUUUACUGUAUAAUCAAAUACAAUAAGUUAGUGACAAUGAAUGCAUAAGGACUGAGUUGACAUAUAUGUAUGGAUGAUUAAUUACUUUGAACUACGAUCGUUUCUGAUUACAUGGGUUAUCCACUAUUGAGCAGUUUUAUCAUGUAAUGACUAGCAACAAGGUCGAUUAAAGGUUCAUAACCAAGGAGUACCUUCGAUGUACAGAAUCUGUUGUACUGCUAUCAGUUGUUCAAGAGUUCCAUCUACCGCUCAGCCUCAUCAGUCAGUAUUAUGACCACGAAUCAGUAUUGUCACCUUGAUAACAAGAGUUGUCAUUUCGAGCGAAUGAGCUGACUAUGAUGUUAUGCCGCUUUUAGCAAUAUCUCGGGAAGUCGAACCCGGACGCUUUAACCACUAGGCUACCCCACCGCCCGUUGUGUGUGAGAACGUAUUCAUCUAUGCAUUUUCGUUCAGUCAAUGUGGUUUCAGACGAUAACACUAGAGGGAUACAGACCUUGACGAGUUCCAUGUUCAUUAUCAGGAACCGCGGUGGGGCAAUCAACACAUUCAAUAACAUACAUCCUAAUCUCUAACAACGUAUUCGAAGUCCAGGGUAGAACAAUUCCCUGGUAACCUACAGGUUACGUGUCAUUGUAACUUUCAUUAAAAUAUCAACCAAUGAUUUGUCCGACUCAGGUGUCGAUUAUUUUCAGGCCACCGAAAAAUAGCUGGAAAUAUUGCAGAGCACCGUGUUCAAGCAGCGUCUCUUAUCAAAAUCUAGCUUUAUUGUUUGCAAAUCAUUGAAAUUUUGUCGGACCCAGAUAACAUUAGCCUAGAUAGUUGUUGCUUUCAUAUCAUUAAUAACCUAUAAUCAAUAACCAGAAGCCUCUGUAAUGAUUGUCAUAUUCUGGGCCUCAUUCCACAAAGCACUAAGGUAAUCGUAAGUCACAAAGGUAACCUUAGUGCAAUGUUAAAGAAUGGGAGUUAAGGUUAACCUUAGUAAAGGUUGCUUCGUGAAAGGAGCCACUGGAGUAAUAAAUUUAUGCAUUUCAUUUUAUACCUGUACAAUCUGUUACAUGUAUCAUAUUCAUGUGUACCCAUUUUACCCUUGAUCAAUAAAGCAAUAAAAAAAUUGAAUGAUGAAGUUGAACCAACAGCUUCCGUCUCAA